GUUCACCUUGGUAAACAAGAUGGCACACCUACUACGGACCAUUGGACUCUUCUUUGUCAUCAAUGCGGCAAUAUUAGUCGCGCCAUCGUCGGGGGAUGACUAUGCUCCUGUGAACAUACCCGGAAAAGGAAUAUAUGUUCCACCCAAAGACGACUAUGUUCCACCAAAGGGCGGGGACUAUGCUCCGGCAUCAGGUGGGGGCUAUGUACCGCCAAAGGGAGGAGACUAUGUUCCUGCGACAAAAUGCUGUGAAAAUGCCGUGUUAACAAAUGGACGAUGUGUUUGUAAACCAAAUUACUACGGUUCAAGCACCCAUCCAUGUGUCCAACCAUGUUGGGAUAAAUGCGGAAUCAACACGCGAUGCGACGUAAACACUUUCAAAUGUUACUGUAAAGACGGAUUCAUCGGUGAUCCAUCCAAAGGAUGUCAUGUCCCAUGUCAUGGAAAAUGUGUCGAAAAUGCUUCCUGCAACCCAGAUACUGACAAAUGCGAAUGCGACGAAGGACUAGUUGGAGACGGAACCGUCAGAUGUUUUGAGCCAAGUAAAGUCGUGUUUGCAAAAGAGACCUACACCGUGUCAGAAAGUGUGAGCACGUUGACAGUGGAGGUUCUGAGACAAGGAGGAACAAUUGGCAUUGUUUCUGUGACGUUCAAGGCAACUGAUGGUACCGCUAUACAUGGUUCAGACUUCUUCAACAGCCACGGUACGAUCGUCUUCGGUGAAGGCGUGUCCACACAAUACAUUACCAUCUAUAUUAUCAACGAUUCGAUAUACGAACAAUCCGAGACGUUUGAAUUGACGUUGGUGUCUGUCAGUGUUGGUGGCGAAAUUGGAGAACCGUCUACGACUACGAUCACAAUCACAGAUAACGAUGAUGCAUGUGGAGGAAAGUGUGGACCUCAUUCUCAUUGUGAUGGCCCAAUCCUGCUGUGCCAUUGUGACAAAGGAUAUGUAAAAGAUCCGUACCAUGGAGGAUGUACACUACCAUGUGGUGGAAGGUGCUGCACCAAUGCAUACUGCAAUACAAAAGACAACCGAUGUUAUUGUAAUGAAGGAUACUAUGGAACUCCCACAGUAAACUGUUACCAACCAUGCAAAGGUGCCUGUAAAGCCAAUGCUAUUUGUGGAAAGAACAACGAAUGUUACUGUAAGACCGGAUUUUAUGGAAAUCCAUACGAAGGAUGUUAUCAGGCAGCUGUGAUUGGUAUAGAACAGGCGACCUACUCUGUGAAUGAAAAUGCAGGAUUUGUAGUAAUAACAGUGACGCGAACUGGAUCAACUUUCGGAACGAUCUUUGCUUCAUGGAAAACCAGCGAUAUUACUGCUAUUCAUGGAAACGACUAUGGCGGCGGAGUAGGUGUCAUCCGCUUUGAAGAUGGUGAGGAGUCAACGACCAUACGCAUAUAUAUCGUCGAUGAUAAGUUUUAUGAGACGGACGAGACAUUUUCUGUUUCCUUGACCCAUGUGUCAGUUGGUGGUGUGUUGGGAAUCCAUAUCCAGACAGUUGUAACUAUUGUGGAUGAUGACGAACCAUGUGGAGGAUCUUGUCCACCAAAUACCCACUGUGACGAAAAGACACAAAAAUGUGUUUGUAAUAAGGGCUACAUAUCAGAUCAUUAUGGAGGCUGUCAAUUACCAUGUGGAGGUAGAUGUUGCGCCAAUGCUCACUGCGAUUACCAUGACAACACUUGCAAAUGUAACACCGGUUAUAUAGGAAUAGGAACAGUGGCGUGCUAUCUGCCCUGUAAAGGCGCCUGCGAUGCCAACGCUUACUGUGCAUCAAACAGAUGUGUAUGUAAGACAGGGUACUACGGAAACCCGUACACAGGAUGCUAUUUACCGUGCCGCAACCUCUGUAAGACCAAUGCUGUAUGUGAUCUCUCGACACACACAUGUCGAUGUAUUCAAGGCUAUUGGGGUGAUCCACUGAAAGAAUGCAAAAAACCAGGAUCGUUUGUAUUUACCCAAACCACAUACACCGUCCAGGAAAACGUCGGAUUCGUCUCUAUUACUGUGAGUAGGGUGGGAUCAAGCUUUGGAGCGGUGAAGGUAACCUGGGCUACCAAGGACGGCAGCGCUGUCCAUGGAAAUGACUUUAUUAACACAGGAGGCGUCAUCUGGUUUGCCAGUGGUGAAGUUUCCAGGACCAUUUCGAUCGUCAUAAUAAACGACAAUAUAUUCGAAAGGGAGGAAUCUUUCACUGUUUCCCUGACAUCGAUAAGCAUUGGUACACUUACAACAUCUACGGUGGCGACCAUCAUUAUCAAGGAUGAUGACCCUGCGUGUGGUGGACCGUGCCCUGCUCAUUCCCACUGCGAUUUAGGGAGCCAGAAAUGCGUUUGUGACCAUGGCUAUCAUUUAGAUGCCAAUUAUGGAGGAUGUAUUUUACCAUGUGGAGGGCGAUGCUGCGCUAAUGCUUACUGCGACGCUCACUACAAUCUAUGCAAAUGUAACGCUGGUUUUAUUGGAAUCGGAACCAUUGGUUGUUACAAACCAUGCAAAGGUGCCUGUAAAUCGAACGCUUACUGCGGAAAGGACAACAGUUGUUGUUGCAAGCCCGGUUUCUAUGGAGACCCGUAUGUCGGUUGUACAGAGGCAUGUAAUGGUCUGUGUAAAGAAAACGCUCGCUGUGAUAUCCCCACCCAGACCUGUCAGUGCUUACCUGGCUUCUACGGUGACCCUCUGAUGGGAUGCGGAAAACCUGGUCAAUUUGUAUUUGCAAAGUCCAGCUAUUCAGUAACAGAAGGCUCUGGGUCAGUGACGGUGACAGUGAACAGGAUUGGAUCUAGUUCUGGUGGCGUUGCUGUUACGUGGGCUACAACAGAUAUAUCUGCCACUCAUAACAUUGACUAUUUCAACGCCCAGGGUGUCCUUUUUUUCGCCGAUGGCGUCAUAACUAGGACAAUCACCUUUACAAUUAAUGCUGACACGUUAUAUGAAGUAGACGAAAGAUUCCAGGUUACUUUACUUAGUGUCGUUCCAGCUGGCGGACUCGGUUCAUUAACUAUUACUACUGUUACCAUUAUUAACGAUGACGCGGCAUGUGGAGGACCAUGUCCCGUGAAUUCUUACUGCGACAAACUCUCCCAAAAAUGCAUUUGCAAUAAAGGAUACAUUCUUUACCAUGGAUCAUGUGUCAUCCCAUGUGGUGGAAAAUGCUGCGCCAAUUCUUACUGUAGCCAUAAAGACAACCAAUGCCAUUGCAAUUCCGGUUACAUCGGAAAUCCAACACAAAAAUGUUAUAUACCAUGCAAUAAUGCCUGCGACGAUUACGCCUAUUGUGGAAAAGAUAACAAAUGCCAUUGUAAGACGGGAUAUUACGGAAAUCCUUACUCGAAAUGCCAUUUACCUUGCAAUGAUCUGUGUAAGAAGUACUCCAAAUGCGACCUUGUUACCCAGCAGUGUGUGUGCCUUCCAGGAUACUUCGGUAACCCCAAAGAAGAAUGUCAUGGAGCAAGUGUGUUUGUACUUGUCCAGUCCAGCUACGCCGUGUCGGAAAGUGUUACUCAAGUGGUAAUCCAAGUUAAACGGACCGGCUCUAGUUCUGGUAGUGUAAAGGUAACGUGGACUGCGACGGAUCUGACUGCUAUCCACGGCCAAGACUACGCCAACUCAGGGGGUAUAUUAUACUUCAACGACGGCGAUGUAUACAAGACUAUUACCAUUCAUAUACUCAACGACGAGAUAUUUGAGGCUGACGAACAGUUCGUUGUGGCACUUACUCACGUUACUGCCGGAGGCGUGCUUGGAGUACUAAGAAAAGCGACGGUCACUAUUGAGAAUGACGACAAACGUUGUGGGGGCAAAUGUGUGUUCAAUGCUCACUGUGACGAAGCAAGCAACACAUGUAUUUGUAACAAGGGACUUGUGGGAGAUGGAACUGUGAAAUGUGACCUUCCAUGUGGCGGACAUUGCGGGGUCUACCCACACUCUCACUGUAACUACAAGACUAACAAAUGUGAGUGUGACGACAAGUACCACGGUGAUCCCUAUCACGGAGGAUGUAUAUGCACAAAUGGGGGACAUACCGGUGGCAGUUAUGGAAGUACUGGCGGAAGUCAUACCGGUGGCGGUUAUGGAAGUACCGGCGGAAGUCAUACCGGUGGUAAUUAUGGAAGUAGCAGUGGAAGUUAUACAGGUGGCAGUUAUGGAAGUAGCAGUGGAAGUCAUACAGGUGGCAGUUACGGUGGAGGUAAUACUGGUGGCAGUUAUGGAAGUACCGGCGGAAGUCAUACAGGUGGCAGUUACGGAAAUACAGGAACAGGAGGUGGUUAUGGAAGCACCGGAGGUAGUUACGGCGGAAGCCAUACCGGUGGCAGUUACGGAAAUACAGGAGGUGGACACAGCGGAGGCCAUACCGGUGGCAGUUAUUGAAGUACUGGUGGUAAUUACAAACCGAGCACUCAAUAUUAAGAUAUUUGAAAACAAUCUAUCUUGUCAAAGUAUUAAAACUAAUAAAAUUUCUUUUUG